GCAGCUCGUGCGUUUCGAGCCUCUCAGGAGCCGAGUAAGCUGCAACUCGCGCUUGGAUUUCUGUCAUGGAGAUGCUGAACUGCAAGGGUGUUCGUUUUAGCUUGGUAGGUAUCGGUGCAACCAGAACCAAAAAGUUAAUAAAGGUAGGAUCCCAAUCUCAACGAUUUUACCGGGCAAUGACAAUAACAUGCUGUGAGUACUCUCCUGAUCCUGCCAGUAAGAGGCAUGAAAGGUAUCAGCAACAACCACAAAAUGUUGAUCUCCCAGAAUUACACCCGAAGAACAAAAAGAAGCCCUUUGCAGUUCCAAUUAAGAAGAUGCUCCAAGCUUCCCGCCAAAAUAGGAGACUUGCACAGAUGAGGAUAGAGAAGCCUCUUGAGCCCCCAAAGAAUGGGUUGCUUUUACCAGAGCUUGUCCCUGUUGCCUACGAAGUCCUUGAUAACUGGAAAGUGCUCAUCAGAGGCCUCUCUGAGCUUCUGAAUGUUGUUUCAGUUUAUGGUUGCAGAAAAUGCCCUCAAGUCCAUGUUGGCCCAGUUGGCCACGAGAUACAAGAUUGUUAUGGCUCAGGAAGCCAGCAUCGAAACAGUCACCACUCUUGGGUCAGGGGCACCAUCAAUGAUGUGCUCAUCCCGAUCGAAUCUUACCAUCUUUUUGACCCAUUUGGUCGGAGGGUCAAGCAUGACACCAGGUUUGACUUUGACAGGAUUCCGGCAAUUGUUGAGCUAUGCAUUCAGGCUGGUGUCGACUUACCACAGUAUCCCUCAAGGAGACGAACUGCUCCUGUGCGGAUGAUUGGCAAGAAGGUGAUUGACCGUGGUGGAGUUGUCGAGGAGCCUAAGCCACAUCGAUCAGAGGACUGUGUAUCUCUUCUUGCUGAGCUUGACACACUUAGCAACCAACAGGGGCAGUCACCCGCGCCAUCCAACGUGAAAGAGCACGCAGAGAUGACACUGAAAGCAUACUGCAAUGUCCGGGAGGGUGUGCGGAAGCUGAUGAGAAAGUACAGUGUAAAAGCAUGUGGGUACUGCUCUGAGGUCCACGUCGGUCCAUGGGGACACAAUGUGAAGCUGUGCGGAGCUUUCAAGCACCAGUGGAGAGACGGCAAGCACGGGUGGCAGGAUGCGGUUGUCGACGAGGUCAUACCACCGAACUAUGUGUGGCAUGUCCCUGACCCUGCUGGCCCUCCUCUCAUUUCCUCUCUAAGGAGUUUCUAUGGCAAAGCUCCGGCUGUUGUCGAGCUAUGUGUGCAGGCAGGUGCUGAAAUACCUGAUGAGUAUAUACCAAUGAUGAGGACCGAUAUCGUCAUCCCAGACUCCAAGGAAGUUCGGAGGGCUGCAUGAAAACAAUGUUCUACCCUGCACUUCUGCAGUUGCCCAGAGUACAAAUUCCAGACAAAGUAGCUUGU